UCUUAGCUCACGAGUCAGGAGUUAAAUUUGUUUUCGUCGUGCACUGCAGCAGCUGCAAUCAUGUGGAGAUUUUUGUUGGUCUACGUAUUUUGUUCGUUCACCCUGGUCCGGCAGUCAAACGGACAGGCUAACGAGUACCGGCUGCCUAGAACUACAGUCCCAGAAAAUUACGACUUACGAUUCGAGUUCCAGGACUUUAACGAUACCGAUAACUUAACGUUCAGCGGCGUCGCGACGAUAACUAUUGUUGUCAUUGAGAAUACAGCCGUCGUGACUUUGAAUCUCAGGGACCUGAACGUAACUGGCGUGACAGUCUCGGAUGUAACGGACGACCGGUAUCGUUUACUUCAGGUUGAGGGGUGGAUGUACUUGACGAACGACGAACGGUUCGAAAUUCAUCUAUCCAGGACCAUACCGAUGUCCAGACGCUUGCGAGUGUCGAUCAAUUAUAUCGGAAAUAUCAGAAAAGAUAUGACCGGUUUGUAUUUGAGUUCUUACGAGGAGCAAAAUACGACCAAGUGGUUUAUUGUGACACAAUUCGAGGCAACUUAUGCGAGAAGAGCGUUUCCGUGUUACGACGAACCAGCGUUCAAAGCAGAGUUCAACAUAUCGGUGGUUAAACAAAGACAUCAGAUCGCGUUGUCCAACAUGCCGAUUAGACGUACCGAAUACAGCUUGAACCAAACGGAAACGGUUUAUUUCAAUCAAACCCCACCGAUGUCGACUUAUUUGGUUGCCAUCUACGUGGGUGAAUUCGUACCGAGCAACAAUCCCAUGUACGAUUCCCCACCGAUAAUGGUAUACACGCACCAAGAAUUAUCCGAUCAAACUGAGUAUAUUAGAAACGAAGCUCCAAAACAUCUACGUAUACUGGAAGAUUACACACGUCUACCGUAUAUGCUGUCUAAAAUGGAUUUGUUGGCAAUACCAAAUUUGAGUUUUGGAGCGAUGGAAAAUUGGGGAAUCAAUACUUAUCAGGAAAACUUUCUGCUGCUAUCGAACGAAUCGAAAGCGAGAAUGAAAAUGCGCUCGUCCAUAAUUGUACAACACGAGUUCACUCAUCAAUGGUUCGGAAAUUUGGUCACCUGUCAGUGGUGGGACUAUGUGUGGUUGAACGAAGGUUUUGCGCAGUAUUUUCAAUACUUUGCUACCGGAAUGGUUAGGACUAGCUGGUCGGUAGAAGAAAUGUUUGUGGUCGAAGCUUUUCAGGGUGCAUUAGCAUACGAUCAGACACCCAGACAUCCAAUAACCGCGUCUGUGAACACUCCCGAAGAAAUCGAAGACGUAUUUGAUUACAUAUCGUAUAGCAAGGCGGCGUCCGUUUUAAGAAUGUUGAAGUACUUGGUUACCGAAGAUCUAUUUCAAUUAUCCCUUCAAGAUUAUUUAAACAAAUACAGUCAAAAUACAGCCGAGCCUUCAGACUUGUUUUCAUCAUUCAACAGUGUUUUAUUCGACAAUGAAUAUGAAAUUGGAAAUGACUUGACAGUCCAUGAGUUCAUGUCAAAUUGGACUUUACAAUCGGGAUAUCCGGUUUUGAAUAUCACGAGAAACGCAACAACAAAUACAUUUUUAGUGACUCAAGGCCAAUUUUACGUCAAUAAGACCGCCGGAAACAUUAACGAAACGGCCGCAUGGCACAUUGGUCUCACGUACACAACCAGUGCAACCAAAAAUUUCUCUUACACUCGACCGGACGUUUGGACGAACCAAACAAAUGCGUCGACCGUUUUUUUUGCCCCCAGAGAUAUAGAUUGGUACAUAUUCAACAUACAAUCAAUCGGUUUGUACAGAGUAAACUACGAUAUCGACAACUGGGUGGCGCUUAUAAAGCAGCUGAACGAUUCGCCCAGAAGUAUCCACGUGCUCAAUCGCGCUCAGCUAAUAGACGACUCGUUCAAUUUGGCAAGGUCUGGUCAAUUAGACUAUUCGGUUCCGUUGCACUUGUCCAAAUAUCUGAAAAACGAAGACGACAUUACGCCUUGGUAUUCGGUGAUGAACGGCUUCUCGUACUUGUUAGAGCGAAUGCCCCGCAAUAAGGGAGGAUAUGAAGACUUAAAGUCUCACGUCAGAAGCUUAGCGGGGACCAUAUAUAGUAAGUUAGAAUACAUAGUGCAGUCGAACAAUAACACCGAGUUUAGAGUGUUGAGUGCUUGGGAAGCGUUUUCCAGGUGGGCGUGCAGACUGGAGAACAAUAACUGUACGACGAAAGCACAGAAAUACUUCGAAACGUGGCAAAACGGAGAGAAAAUACCUGCCGACAUCAAGGACGCGGCGUUCUGCGUCGGAGUGAAGAAUAGCAACGGUCCAUCGGUAUUCAAUAACAUGUUUACGUUGUACAUCAACACAAAGUCGAUCUCGGAAAAAUCUUCCGCCGAGUUCGCCCUAGGUUGUUCUACUAACAGGACGCAGUUAUCUGAGUAUAUUAAUCAUAUGUUAGAUGGUCGAAUCGAGAGGAGAUACUUCAGGUCUGUUAUAUCUGCAAUAUCAACGACAUCUUUGGGUCUCGAUGUGUUAUACGAAUUCCUUUCAACUAAUUUGAAUACAAUUCUGAAUGAGCUACCUGACGGUUAUGGCGUAGCAACGUAUAUUUACUCAACUCUGGCUACCAAGAUGACUAACGACGAUGAGUUUGAAAAACUAAACGAUUUGAAAAACAAUUCCACCGUUCCCGACUCUUUGAGAUCGUCGUUUGAAAAAUCCUACGAAAAGGUCAAUGAAAACCUGGCGUGGUUCGACAAGUACGCCGACGGAAUUAGCAAAUGGGCAUUAGAAAAUCGAGAACCAGAUCCAGAAAUUACAACCACAACUGAGUCCACAACGACUACAACAGUCAUGUCUACUACGUCACCUGUGACGGUUAAUCAAACGUCUACUACAACCUCAAUAGGUACGACAGAACCAUCUACCGAUUCUACCACGCCAGUUACUAAGUAUAUAACGACGACCACAUACAGACCAUCCACUGAAACGACUCAUAUGCAUGUAGAUAAUUGGAUUCUUGUUUUAUUAUUGUUUUGUUUAUUAUUGUCAAUUUUGACACUUUUAAAAGUAUGUAAAUAUAAUAAUAUGAUGCAAUCCACCGUCGUCUGUUUGACGGAAUCGUCAGACGCGUCAACAACAAACGUCAUGUGCACAAACACGGUAAUAACGAUCGUCGCACUCGUUUGCGCAGCGGUCGCAAUCCGUCCGAUUGCUUGCUCGGCCGACAGUCGGACGACCGCCCAAGUCGAGUCGGACGGACCGUCGUCAUACCGGUUGCCGCGCGAUACGCAGCCUCUCGCGUACGGCUUGCGGCUGGCGCCAAAGUAUGACAAAGGCUCAGACAUGUACACGUUUGGCGGCCAAGUGGAGAUCUUCAUUUACGUGAACUCCAUCACGCCGAACGUGACGCUGAACGCCAAGGACAUGCAAAUCAAUAGCGUGGCCAUCACCGAAAUAAAGACCCAGAAAGAUCUGGCGGUGGACUCGUACGAACUGGACAACGACGCCGAGAUUCUGCACAUCUACGCGGCCAGCAACCUGUUGGUCGGCCGACGGUACCAGGUGAAGAUAGUUUUCCAAGGACUGCUGAGGACCGACAUGACGGGUUUCUACAAGAGCACGUACAAGGAAGACGGUGUGACCAAAUGGGUUGCUGUUACACAGUUGAAGCCCACGUACGCAAGGAGAGCGUUCCCGUGCUACGACGAGCCUUCGUAUAAAACUCCGUUCAAUAUAUCACUGGGCAGACAAGAGAACCAGAUGACGUUAUCCAACAUGCCUCGAUACCUAACUCAGAGACUCGAAUACUACGGCUGGUGGGCGGAUCAUUUUGAAACGACACCACCGAUACCCACGUAUUUGGUGGGAGCCCUUGUCGGAAAUUUUAAAAAAUCAAGUAAAAUAGAAGGAGGCCUCAUCGAUGUAUACACGUACAACGAUUAUUUGGAUCAAGUCCUGUACGCUACGGAAGAAACGCCGAUGGUGUUCAACUCCAUGGAGAAUUACACGGACAGUCAAAACGACUUAACAAAAAUGGACUUUUUGGCGGUACCCGACUUUGACGGGGACGGAAUGGAAAACUGGGGAAUAAACGCUUACCGAGAGAAAUACGUGUUGUUUGACGACGAUGCAAAAAUGAAACUCAAAGAGCAGUCGGUAAUGCUGAUCCAAAAACUUAACAGCCACCAGUGGUUUGGAAAUAUGGUGACCUGUGCGUGGUGGGAUUACCUGUGGUUGAACGAGGGGUUCGCUCGGUAUUUCCAGUAUUACGCGACGGAAAUGGUGAAACCAGACUGGCGAUUGGAUGAACUCUUUGUCGUAGAGCAACAUCUGACGGCCAUGGAGUUCGAUCAGACUCCGAGACAUCCGAUUACCGCGUCCGUCAAGACUUCCGACGAUAUUCAAAAUAUACUUGACGUUGUGGUUUCCAACAAAGCUGCGGCCAUCUUAAGGAUGUUAAAAACCGUAGUAUCUGAUUUCUAUUUUCGAGAGCCCCUAAAUUUGUAUUUACAAAAAUUCAAACACGGUGCAGUAACUUCAGAUAAUUUAUGGGCGGUUUAUGAAAACUAUUAUUUUGACGCUGACUACGCGUUGCCGGAUAAUGUGCCAUUCACCAAUUUUAUUGAAUCGUGGACAAAUCAGGCGGGUUAUCCAGUGGUGACCGUCACUAAAAAUGAAAACACGUACACACUCACCUAUAAACCGUUUUCGGUUUGGCCAUCUAGCGACAAUACUUCCAGCUGGUUCAUUGGUAUUACUUACACUAAUAAUUUGGCUAGAAAUUUUAUCGACUUGCAGCCGACUACAUGGUUAAAACCUUACACGACCGUAAAGUACUUGCGUGAUUCAAGCCUUUCUACUUGGGUGAUAUUCAAUUUACAGUGGACCGGGUUCUAUAGGGUAAAUUACGACCUCAACAAUUGGCAGCAACUGAUAAAACAGUUGAACGAAUCAAACACCGAAAUACACGUCCUGAACCGAGCACAGCUGAUCGAUGACUCGUUCAAUCUCGCGAGAGCGGGAAUGUUACCGUAUUCGGUACCGUUGAACCUGUCCACCUACCUGACGAAGGAAGACGACGAAAUACCUUGGUACGCAGCCACAGAGUGUUUGUCCUACGUGGUCGAACGAAUGCGUCGUAGUGCUGAGGGUUACGAUUACAUAAGGUCAUACGUUCGAAAUUUGGCCGAAUAUAUUUACAAAAAAACUGAAAAUUUAGUUGUACAAUAUAAGACCGAUGAUCACACGACCAUAACAAGCUGGAAUAAAUUUUCAGUGUGGGCAUGCUACUUGGAUGGUGAAUAUUGUACGAAUAACGCAAUGAUAAAUUUCCAAAAAUGGACACAGAAAGAAAGAAUAUCGCCUGACAUUAAAGAUGCUGCAUUAUGUACAGGAAUUAAAGUAAGUAACAACAAUGAUACGUGGCAAGGUGUGCUAAAUGUAUAUAUGACCACUAAAUCGGCUUCAGAGAAAAAUUCAGCACAGGCAGCACUGGCUUGUUCGAAAGAUACAUUAAAAUUAUAUAAGUACUUGGAAUUUUUAUUUGACUUCAAUGCUGGUGGCCCAAUACGUUUGCAAGACUUCAAGGACAUAUGCGAUGCGAUGUCUUUAACACCCCAAGGAAUCGAAGCAUCAACAAAUUUCUUAAUGAACAAUAUAGAACGAAUUUUAAGACAGAUACCUACCGGAGAGAGUAUCGUUACAUAUAUGUAUAGAGUUUUAGCUUCCAAAGUAGCUCUUGAUAUUGAAAUAGCUCAGUUGACAAAGCUGAAGAACGCUCCAGGAUUACCGCCAAAAAUUAAAGCUUCGUUCGAGGAAUCGUACGUGCAAAUUGAACAAAAUCUCUUGUGGUAUAACACUUACCACAGCUCAAUUAACCAAUGGACAGGAGCGCCCGCGGACCCAACGACGACUCAGCAGGACACGACCGUUUCGUCGACGGAAACGACAGCAUCGUCGUCAGAUGCGACGACGUCUACUUCGACGGAGACGACGUCUACUUCGACGGAAACGACGUCUACUUCGACGGAGACGACGUCUACUUCGACGGAGACGACGUCUACUUCGACGGAAACGACAUUAUCGACUUCGAAUACGACAGCGUCUCCAGUGACUGAUCCGAAAAAACCACCAGAACCACCGACAGGUUAUCCGACAUUUGAUUUCGACAACACAACGCCAGGUAUGAUUAUCAGGUGUCCUCCCAAAAAUGGUCAAUCGUCGUAUCGGAGUAGUUUGGUUUUCGUCUUCAUCGUUGUCAGCGUGACCAUAGUCGUUUUGUAAGCAGAUAUUGCAAAAAAAAAAAAAAAAUUGUAUCCGCAAACGUUUUUGGAUUAAAAAAAAAAAUAAAACAUUAUAUAUUCAUGUGUUUUGUACUUGCAGACGUGUGUGGAAGUCGUCGUGAUAAUAAAAUAUUAUGUGUAUUUCUCAGGACUAUAUUAUUAUUAUGUGUGUUUCGUAGCUGAGUUAUAAUAAAUACGAUUUUACCAACGUCCUGCAUGUAUAAUUCAACCUUUCCUAAAAUAUUACCUAAAAUCAUUAUACCCAUACCCAUAUUAUGCACUGUGAAUAAAUGUAAGUUUAGAUUAAGUAUAGGAAAGCCCUCAGGAAAGGUCCCAAAGAUCCAUCUUGUAGUCAUGAAACGUUAUUUUAAAUUUAUAUAACAUUAUGUAAGUAUAAUCGUUUGUUUUACGUAUACCGAAAACAUGUUUAAUAAAUAAUUGUAAAUGCCUAUAAAUAUAUUAUGUUAAAUGCGGAAUUCGUAGUAUGUACCUUUGAUAUAGAUUAUUCACUUAAUUCUAAUUGUAAAUUAAUACAUGUUUAUUUCAGUUUUUGUUAUUUUAAGUUUUAAUUGUAAUUUGCAUAGUUUUAAUCUUAUUUAUUUUAUUAAUUGGUUAAUUUCAACAUUGCCCAAUAAAAAAUUACAUACAGUUGA